AUGGGGGCUACCCAGUUAGUGGUGCUCAACGAGUACAUGUACUGGAUGAAUGAAUACACCUCAUCCAUUGGAAUUGGAGUUUUUCAUUCAGGAAUUGAAGUGUAUGGCAGAGAAUUUGCUUAUGGUGGCCAUCCUUAUCCUUUUUCUGGAAUAUUUGAAAUUUCCCCAGGAAAUGCUUCUGAACUAGGAGAAACAUUUAAAUUUAAAGAAGCUGUUGUUUUAGGGAGCACUGACUUUCUAGAAGAUGAGAUUGAAAAAAUUGUAGAAGAAUUGGGGAAAGAAUAUAAAGGCAAUGCUUAUCAUUUGAUGCAUAAAAACUGCAAUCACUUUUCUUCAGCAUUAUCAGAGAUUCUUUGUGGGAAAGAGAUUCCUCGCUGGAUUAAUCGACUGGCCUACUUCAGCUCCUGUAUACCCUUUCUACAGAGUUGCCUCCCGAAGGAGUGGCUCACCCCCGCUGCCCUGCAGUCUAGCGUCAGCCAAGAGCUCCAGGAGGGACUGGAAGAGGCAGAGGAUGCCGCUGCUUCUGCAACCAUGGCAAGCGCCGGAGCAGGCUCCAGACCUGGGCGCCACAGGAAACUCUAA